CAUCUCAUUGUUGACAAAUGCGCAUCUCUUUCUUCUGUUCUCUCAAAAAUGGAAAUCUCUCGACGGACAAUAAAGAGCGGUUUUAAUCACACAAAAAUCAUGUUUAUCAAUCCAGCUGCAUCCGCAACAACAACAACAACAACAGUAACAAGGUUUAGAUGGACUGGCUUCUAAUUUUGCGAAAAGCAGUUCGAUUGGAUACGACAACAAGCUUAAAGGAAGGAUUUCAAGAAUCAGUAGCCAUGCGUCCAUGACUGACCCCUGCAUUUCCUGCACCACUUUCAAUAUCCUUGCCCCCAUCUACAAGCGACUCGACAAGGAGAAUCAGAACCGUCGUGAAAGCGAGCACAGAGCAUACUGGCUUAGCAGAAACCAGAGCAUAUUGGAUUGGUUGUUGUACGAGAGAUCUUCCAUUAUUUGUCUUCAGGAGCUCUGGGUUGGAAAUGAAGAACUCGUGCACUUAUAUGAGAAGAGUCUCGGUGAUGCUGGUUAUAUCAAUUUUAAACUUGCUCGAACGAACAACCGUGGUGAUGGCCUACUGACUGCCGUACAUAAGGACAACUUUAGGGUUCUAGACUAUCGACAGUUGCUCUUUAAUGACUUCGGAGACCGUGUUGCUCAGCUGUUACAUGUUGAAUCAGUUUUUCCCUUUUCUCAAAGUUGGAGUGGCAAUAUUCAGCAAGAAAUCCUCAUUGUGAAUACCCAUUUGCUAUUUCCUCAUGAUUCUAGCCUGUCAGUUGUAAGAUUGGAUCAGGUGUACAAAAUUCUGCAAUAUGUGGAAUCAUAUCAGAAAGAAAGCAAUCUUAACUCCAUGCCCAUUAUACUCUGUGGUGAUUGGAAUGGAAGCAAGCGUGGACAUGUCUACAAGUUCCUUAGGUCCCAGGGUUUUGUAUCAUCUUACGAUACUGCUCAUCAGUACACAGACAAUGACAUGGAUGCACAUAAGUGGGUUAGCCACCGCAAUCAUCGGGGUAACAUCUGUGCUGUAGAUUUUAUAUGGCUUCUUAAUCCUAAUACGCAUCGGAAACCAUUAAAGACAAGUUGGAGUGAAGCAGUUUUUGGUAUUAUCAAGUAUCAACUUUGUAAAGCUUCUCUCACAGAGAACGAUGCAUUUGCCCUUCUGAAGGCUGACAACAAGGGAGAUUACAUUACCUACUCAGGUUUUUAUGACGCACUCCGACAGCUGGGUUUAACUGGCCAUGCCCAUGGACUAAGCGUGCAAGAGACAAAGGACCUUUGGAUCCAGGCAGACAUGGAUGAAAAUGGCAUUGUUGAUUAUGAAGAAUUUAAGCAGCGAAUUUGGGAUCCGUAUUGGUCAGAGCAGACAGAGGCAAAUCUUUAUGAGACAGCAAAUGAUGUUUUGAAAGGAUCAGAGGAGCAAACUUAUGGUUUCAAUGUGAAGAAUGCAGCUCUAUUUCCUCCUGAAGUAGAGAAAGGAUUGUGGCCCGAUAACUACUACUUGUCUGAUCAUGCACGACUUACUGUGGUUUUCUCACCAGUAAGGAUGCCAUGUUCUCAGCCGAUCUGCUAAUCGACUACAAGGUGUAUGAAGGUGCAUUUUUGUAAAGACAGAAAAAAGAAAAAAAGAAAAGAAAAGAAAAGAAAAAAGAAGAAAAAAGAAAUAGCUGAGUUGGAAAUUUCCCCCUGCAUUACAAGCAUAUUGCCUGGUGGCAAUGCCUUAGGCUCAGCUUGGGAAGAGUACAAAUACAAAUACGUACAGUGCAAAACCUUGUAUACGGUAUUUCUAAAUCUUCUAUUUGCAUUCUCCAUAUUUGUAUUUGUACUCUUUCCCAAAUACAAAU